AUGAGAGAUGUUGGGAAAUCGAUGUCCAAAGAGCUUGUCGGUUUACAAGUGAAGCUUGAUUCGUUAACAUUUGUAAAAUCCGAAACCCUAAGUGAAACUAUAGAAGAAUCUCAAGAAGAUGAUGAUGGAAAAAUCAGAAAUACCGCUCUUGAGCCACAGGUGGAAUGGCAAAAUGAAGAAAAGCCCGACGAGCUUAACAACAAUCAAGAAGUCGAAGCUGCAUACCCUAUACACGAUAUGAAGCCGGAGCAACUAGUUGAACAGAUCUCCGGUGAGUUUAAUAUGUCAGCAAAAGUGAUUUUUGACCGAUUCAAAGAUCAUGAAACAUACACAGAAUUAGUGGAUUUAAUUUUUUUUUCUCUCUAUCAAGAGAUUCAUGGGAUUGAUUUUGACUCUGAACCUUGA